AUGCCCGUCGAUACUUCCAAGGUAUUUCCCAGUCGAAGGACUCAAAGGCAGAUAACAGAGGAAGAAUUGAGGGAUAUCGAGCUGAAGAGGCUACGGGGAGAACUCUCCUGCGCAGAAUGUAGGCGCUUGAAGUUACGCUGCGAUAAGAAAGUUCCUUGUGGCUCUUGCUGUCGAAGGGGCUGCGAAAGUAUAUGCCCUUGCGGCAUCUUGUCAGCAGGGCAGGGGACACGUUUUAUUCUGGCCGACACUGAGCAGCUGCACCGCAAAAUCGCGGAUAUGAGCAAUCGCAUUCGACAACUAGAAGAUGCCCUUGCUAUACUGCAGUCCGCCACCUCCGAUAAGAGACAUCCGUUAUUGAGUGACGAGCUGCUCAAGGUCAAGUUUGGAUCAGAAGCUUUGAACCCUCCCCAAGAUUCUUCAAGCGACCGGGAUGCAAGCAUGCUAGAAUCAAUAGACGUUCUUGGAACCCUGACGCUCGGCGAUUCAGGAGAGGUCAAGUAUUUUGGGAGAUCAGCUGGCUCAGAGACUGGCGAAGAAACUGCCCACCCUCUUGAAGAUGCCGAAGAUGGAGAGGCCCCAAUCGCCUUAUCGCCAGAGCUGGAAAACCUGGCGAAUCUUUUCCCGUUCACCUCACAAGACCGACCCGACAGUCAUUCUCUGGAGAUGCUGGAGUCUCUUUUGCCUACACCUCAGAGGGCGUGGAACUUAUGCGAGUCCUAUUUUUUGCACGGCGCCUUGUUUUUCAGACCGAUCAGGCGAAAUGAACUGAUGGACAUUCUUUUGCCAAAAAUCUACGAGACAGCCUAUUCUCAAUCACGAAGCCGCGCGGCCGCCGAAUCAUCUCCCCCUAGCGACCACACAGAAAAUCCAAAGCUCUUUGAAUCGACUCGUCCCCAUGCACUGGCAGCAUUGUACUUCACGUUUUCUCUCGGCGCCUUACUGGAUCUCGGAAUGUCUCCUUAUAACGCAGAAGCAGAACAUUACUAUGAUCUCGGCCGUGCUGCGCUGUCUUUGCAUGCCGCCUAUGAAUCCCCUACUAUGGAAACCGUUCAGGCGAUGGGCCUCAUGGCAACAUAUCGCAGUCUCGCUGGAAGCAAAUAUUCGCGAGACAGUGCCUGGUGUGUCAUGAGCUUCGCUGCAAAGCUUGCACAAAGUAUCGGUCUUCAUCGGGAUAGUGCACCUUGGAAUAUCGAUUCCGCCACAGUUCAAAAGCGCAGAAACCUGUUCUGGGAGGUCUUUGCUGCGGACGUAUCACACAGUCUGGCUCUAGGACGCCCGCCUGCGAUCCACUUAUCCUACGUAGAUUGUGAAUAUCCCAUUGACGAUGAAGAAAAUGUCAAUGAAGCGGGAGAGAUCCAAACCGGAUUUUGGCGGAUGAAGCAUACAUUCGGACGAGACAUCUUCAAUUCUGUCGCAGACGCUACCUUGACUGCAAAAUCGCCUCGAUAUAGUGCGGUUCUUGACCUCGACAAAAAAGUGAGAGAAUUGUCUUUCCCUGUUGCCUUCAAACCGUACGCAUCACUGGAUGACGGCGAAGAGACGUACUACUCCAGUUCUCUUAGUUUGCGCGAUUUCUAUGCAAGCCAGCACAGGACAGUCACCAUGUUGUACCUUCAUAGGAGCUUUUUUGCACAAGCGUUACUGGAUCACCCCAAGAACCCUUUACUCAGCCCCUUUGCCCCAUCUUUUCUGACCUCAUAUCGAUCUGCCUCCAUCGUCAUCAAGGCGUCCGCCCAUCAAUUUGAUCGCUGUGCCGCUAUGGCGAUGCGUGUCUGGUUUUUGCUGUCUCAUAUGUUCUCCGCGGCGGUCAUUGUUGGGACAGUCGUUACCCGAUCUCCCAACUUGAAUUUCGCCUCUGCGGCUUUACAUGACCUUGACUUGGCGGUGGAGCUUUUCCGAAGGACCGCAGUUCAGUCGCGACGUGCGAGGAUUGCGCUAGGUGUUCUUCAAAAGCUAAGGGAGAAGGCUCUUCGCGCCUACUCUCUGAAUUCUUCCAUCAUCUCAAGUUCUCCCUCGUUCGGUUCACUCCCACCUCAAAUUAUUGAUGACGGCGAAGACGAACUCGCCAUUUUCGGUGGACAAACUCGAGUUUUGAAUCGCACUUCCCGGCAUAAGCCGUCGUCGCCAACGCACCCAUCCUCCUCUCCCCGGUCUGAAAGCUCGGCGUCCUCACCACCCACGUUUCAUGAGGAAGUGCAUGGGCAGGCCUUGACGACAAUCUCCGACACCCGACCAAAUAAUCGUAACCUUGCUGCAACAUCUGCCCACCUCGACCUGCCGAUCCAGGUUGAUAUGCCGCCUACAAUUGUGGGCGUAAACGCGUACGGCUACGUCUCAAGCAGCCAUUCUAUUAAGCAACCUGUGGCUUCUUGCAGCGCGCAGCAAUACAACCGCCUCAUCGAUUUACUUCCUAGCCAAGUGCCAGGCUCUCUCCCUCAACAGCCGUCAUCCAGCGCCAUGCAACGCUAUGAUCAACCCGAGAAAACGCGCAAUUGGUCUUUGUGGGAUCGCCAUGGACAAUUACCUCAAAGUCCUUCAGAUGCCAAUUCAUGGCCUUCGCAAUAUUCGUCCCCACAACGCCAAUCCCUAUCCUUCAGUGAAGGUGUAAACUUGAGCCCCCUGUCGACAUACACUAGUGCAAUGCCGCCUGUGGCUUAUUCAGGUUAUGGGGACGGGCUAUACGCGGCCCAACUCAUGAACCCUGCUGGUGCCGUGGAGAUCGGGCUUUCCAGUGAAUCCGGAAUGGACGCUCGCUGGAUGACACUGAUGCACGAUUGCGGUAUUAUGGAAGCAGACACCUCAUGA